AUGUCAUCCAUUUAUGAAUUCAUUAGCGGGAUUUUCUCUUCUGAGAAACAAAAAGCAAUUAAGCACUGGCAGUUCAAGGAUGAUCUUGAAAAGGCUGACUUGGGCGAUGAAUUCAUCCAACUCAAGAUUGAUAUUUUGAGCAAGUAUGGGGUCGAAAAUAUCCGCAAAGCCUGGCUUUCAGUCACCUCAGCCCUCGAGAUCGAAGCACAGACGAUAAAGGAGCAGGGGACCGCGAUUUGGCCAGAAGUUAACUAUAAAGACAUCGAGAACGCCACCGUUUCGGAAGAUGUUCUUGGCGCUAUUCAUCGGACAGGAAUAGUCAUUGUUCGCAAUGCUCUCCCGCAGGCACAAGCCACAGAAUGGGGAGAGGAGCUUGUGAAGUAUCUUAAUGACAACCCGACAGUGAUUGAAGGGCUUCCAAAACAGAACCCCUGGCUUUACCGCUCGUAUUUCUCACCAACCCAGAACGCCGUCAGGACUCAUACGAAUAGUAUCAAAGUACACCGAUUUCUCAAUGAGCUUUGGGAAGGGUACGACAGUGAAAAGGCGCAUCCCACUCCUCUUUCAUAUGCUGACGCACUUCGAUACCGUCAACCUGGUGGAUUUUCUGCUGUCCUUCAACCACAUAUAGAUGCUGGGAGCCUGGAUCGAUGGGCGGAUGAUGAGUAUCAAUCCUUCUAUAGCAAGAUCUUUGAGAACAAGUGGCAAGAGCACAAGCCAUUUGAUAUCGGCGCUCGCUUGAAGGUCAACCAGGCCAAAUUCCCCGGACCUCACCAAUCGACUGUUCUGAGAACAUUCCAGGGAUGGACUGCCCUCUCUCCCUCCGGUGGCAGCUUUGGUCAGAGCGCCCUGGCCGUCUUUCCGAAUGUGACUCUUGGUGUCGCAUAUGUCCUGCUUCGCAGCUUCUUCAAACCGCCUGCCAGUGGCUCGACGGACCCAAAUCUCUGGGAGCUUGAUAUUAGCGACAGCUUUCCGGGUGCUGCCAAGGGGCUGAGCCAGAGAAUCUCUCCUUCAACACAUCCGCACCUCCGGCUCGAUGACACCCUCAGCCUCACGCCUCAAAUCAACCCGGGAGAUCUUGUUUUCUGGCACCCAGAUAUUAUUCAUGCUGUUGAUCCAACUUUGAACUCGGAUAAACCAGCCACGGUGCUCUACAUCCCUUCCGUGCCUUUAAAGGAAUACAACCUGGACUAUGUAAAAAGGCAGAGAGAUGCGUUUCUUGAUAAUGGGAAAACGCCUCCAGACUUUCAAGCAUGGUUCGGUCAGAAUGAAGGGGUGGCCAAGGGCUGGAAGCCGGUCCAGGAUUUUGCUCAAAGCAAUGAAGCACGACAGUCACUUGGCCUUGAAAAGCUGACAGGUGACUUUGAUAUUGUCAAAAAGGCAAAUGAAGUUCUCGGGCUAUAA